CUCCCCGGAGCCACCCCGUGUGGUAACGGGUUGAGCUGUUACCUUAUUUAAACAACAGGAAUUACUGGGGAAACACAAUUAGUAAGGAAAACAGAAGAGAUUUUUAGAUCAGGUUUGCAAGGUUUCUGAAGACAGUCCCACCAGGAUCCCUGCAUAGAUCACACAUCCAACUUUGCACGCUACCUCAAUAAACCUUAACAAACUUCUCAUAAGUUUUUAAAAGACGGCUUUGCUCACUUUUCUUAAUUUUGUACGCAAAAUAAAAAAGGAAGGAAAAAAAUACAUUCAAAGGUGCAAACAUGCCACGCCUGCCGCUUUGCUGCUACAUGCACGUUUGGUUACUUGUGUUACCUGCAAAGAUAUGUGCACUCAGUAAUGAAGCCAGUGAUAUCGACGUGUUAGUCCUCCUGCCACAGGAAAACUCGUACAUCUUCAGCAUCCCCAGGGUCCGACCAGCUAUAGACUACGCACUGAAGAGCAUCAACUCCAACGAGAGUCUCAAUUCAGGGUUCAAUUUCAAGGUCCACUAUAAUAACUCAAACUGCGGCAACGAAGCGCUCUUCAGUUUUGUUGAAAGGUCCUUCCUGAAGAAACCCGACGUGGUUCUGGGUCCUGUUUGUGAAUAUGCUGCGGCCCAAGUGGUGCGGAUGGCGUCUUAUUGGAACAUCCCCAUACUUUCUGCAGGUGCCUUGGCAUCCGGGUUCGGCACGAAGAAAGCCGAAUACACGCACCUGACUCGAGUUUCCCCGGCGUACUCGAAGAUGGGGGAAGCGUUCGGGGCGAUGUUUAAGCACUUCUCGUGGAAGAAGGCUCUUCUCAUCUACCAGGAGGACAAAGAACGGAACUGCUUCUUCUCCAUCGAAGGGGUCUACGCUGUGCUUGAAGCAGAGGGGUACCACACAACGACUCUUACCUUUGAUUUGAGGCACCCGUUGGAGAUUGAAGAAAUCAUCAAGUCGAUCCAAGAGAGUGAAGGUAUAGUCGUGAUGUGUGCUGCCAGUAACGAUAUCCGGGACAUCAUGCUUGCAGCUCACCAUCGCAGAAUGACCAAUGGAGAUUAUAUCUUCUUUAACAUUGAGCUCUUCAACAGUACAUCUUAUGGAAAUGGCUCUUGGAAGAGGGGGGACAAGUAUGACACGGAAGCCAAGCAGGCCUACGCUGCCCUCAAGACUGUGACUCUGCUGAGGUCGGUGAAGCCGGAGUUUGAGAGAUUCUCCAUGGAAGUGAACAGAUCCCUGCAGAAGCAGGGUGUCAGUGGAGCGGAUGACAGUGUCAACAUGUUUGUAGAAGGCUUCCAUGAUGCUCUGCUGCUCUAUGCUUUGGCGCUUCAUGAAGUGCUGAAGAACGGCUACAGCAAAAAGGAUGGAGACAAGAUUGUGCAACACAUGUGGAACAGGACAUUUGAAGGCAUUGCAGGCCAGGUGUCUAUAGAUGAGAACGGUGAUCGAGACGGGGAUUUCUCUGUGAUCGCCAUAACAGACCCUGAAGCAGGUACACACGAGGUUGUUGCGAACUACUACGGAAAAAAUCAAAGCUUUGAGGUGCAACCGAACGUGAAGAUUGACAUGUUCAUUCAAAGACUUCCUCACGAUGAAAACAGAGUCCAUGGAAACCGAGACACACCCCCUUGUAAAUCAUCAGGUGGGCUUGGGGAGUCAGCAGUCACUGGCAUCGUGGUAGGAGCUCUUCUAGGAACAGCCCUGCUGCUGGCAUUCUACUUCUUCAGGAAGAACUACAGGAUAACCAUAGAGAGGAGAAUCCAGAGAGAAGAGUGCGACAUCGGGAAGCAUCGCCAGCUGCGAGAAGACUCCAUCAGAUCCAACUUUUCAGCAGCAUAAAAAAGAGGACGGAAUGCUGUGACUCCCCAUAAGCUUUUAGAGGGAUGUGACCAAAGACUUUGCAGGCUGUUCAAGAAGACAUUUUAGUUUCAUGUUAUUUAAGAUGUAGAGUUAUUUUUUAAAAUCUCAUUUUCUUUGACUUUCAGGAAACUCAGGAAAGUUGUAAUAAUUACACAGUGCCACUCCACGGCAUCUCAUCUCUGUAGAAACAAGGAUGUAUUUUUACAGUAUUCUGUAAGGUUUUUUUAGUGGACAGUACUGAGUGCAGGGGUAGCGAUUGGUCUCUCGCUGUAGUUCACCUUCCGUGUUCACGCUCACUGUAAUUCACCUUCCGUGUUCCCAGCCCACAGCACAACAGCUAAGACGUACAGUUUAAUUCCAACAGGUUUUGUUGCAACGCAAUGGACUAGACCCCCUCGCUCAUUUCCUGCUUUCUUUCUGCCUGCUGUCCCCAAGUUUACAGCAAGGUUUAUCCAGAUACUUCACAACUUGUCAUUUAUGUGAGGGAAUGUAAUUCAUGGUAAACAUUUUAAGACAAAAGAAUGUUUUUCAUUAACCAUAUUAGGGAAAAGGAAUUGCGAAAAAAGACAACCAUAGCUGUGACCUUGGCGUUGGUUUAUUCAUACAAGUGUUGUGUGUGUAUAGAAUUCUAUAGAAUUUAGGGGGUGCUAUAAUACCACUGAAUUUGUAGCAGUCCAAGCACAUUUGGAAUCAUUUAGAGGAAAGACAACAAAUACUGCAUUUUGGUCAAUGCGCCCGAAAUAAAGUUAAAAAGGGUGACUAGGCUGUGGAUACAUUGGCAUAUAAAUAUAUUAAAAUAUCUGGACAAAGGAGGCACUGUAGCUGUUCAAGCCUGAAGCUCUUUACCAUUUUCUUUACAUAUCAUUUGUAUUUAUGUUUUAAUAACAAACAUACAAUGUAUUGUUAUUUAAUUGAAUACAAAGUUUCCAGGAUGUGUGCUUUGGUAUUGCCUGCAUUUCUCUUACCACAUCAGUACACCACUAUGGGAAGAUUUUUAAUGUUAUGCUGAAGCCUAAAUGUAAACUUAGUAACGCGUUGAAAUGUCUGAAAUCUUCUUGGUUAUCAGUUAGUCAGAUUUGUAUUUUUCCAUUACAUUGGUAUGAACAACCUUUGAAUUUUAAAUUGCUUUGGAGUACCCCUAAGAAACAUUUUAAUAGCAUUUUAAAUUACCCUUACCUUUUCAAAAUAUCUGAAAUCAUUUAUUAUUUGUUUUGUUAUUUGCCCCUGCUUAUUUAUUUAUAAGUAGCUGAUCUGAUUAUGCAGAUCUAUGAACUUAAUAUCAAACAAACAGCAGGGACACUUUCAAACUUCAUUGAGAUGGCAUUUCCAGCCGACAGAAAAGUAGGUGAAGAUAGUGAUUUUACUGGACAUUUUUAAUGGGUUAAACACAAAGUAUAUACAUAAACCAACCAAUAAUACAAAAUAGGUCAUGUCUGUUUAAAGUAGGUUGAAAAACAGUUUGAAUUGAUAUGCCUGUUUUUCAGGAAAUUAUGUAAGUUCAAUUCAAUUUUCUAUGGCUUUGGGGCUAUUUGGAGCUAUAGUUGUCAUGCUUCCCUGGUUACCCAUUGGCUCACAGCUCUGACCAAUAAUCUCUGGUCUCAUUUUGGCCUGGUUUGUGUUUUGGAUUUGUACACAAUCCAGCUUCCUGCAUAUUCUUAUUUUUUCACAGAUAAAUAUGAAGUGCUAUAUUUAAGAAAUUUGACAACUGAUUAGAUGAUUAGCCAUGGCAGUCCAUGUUGUUAGUACUUGUCAGUGAGAUUGUGUUUUUAACUAUAAAAUACUUUUAAAAUGAACUUUAAAAUCGUUACUACAGUUUUUGAUUUUCUAAUAGACUUACACUUUAUUAUAAUAACUAUAGAGCUACUGAAUUUUAUCUCUAAAAAGACAGUGGGCAUCAAGCAAUGUUUAAAUAGUCACCGCUGGCAGUUUAUCAAACAGUGUAACUAACACCAGAAUGGAUUCUAAUCUAAUACAUUCUCUCCUGAACUCAUGCUGUAAAAGGUUAAGCCCUACACCACAACAAAUACUACUAGAGCUCCUCUCUCCAAGCUCUUUUGCCAGUUUUGACUGAUAUACUUCCUAUUUUUUGAGAUUUCCUAGAAGAGAAAUGUAAUGUAAAUUGGAUGAAUUAUUUUUUAUUGACACACACACAUACAAAAAAACAAGUUAUAAUCUGGAACCUGUAAGGAUUGAAAGAGUAGGGUUGGAAACAGAGGCCUAGUCAUCUCUAGCGGUACACAAGGUGGUAAACACAUUUAAAGAGUGCUUGAUAGUAACACAGGCCCAGUCAUCUCUAGCAGUACACAAGGUAAACAAAUUUAAAGAGUGCUUGAUAGUAACAGAGGCCCUAUCUCUAGCAGUACAUAAGGUAAACACACUUAAAGAGUGCUUGAUAGUAAGAUGCCCAGUCAUCUCUAGCUACACAAAAGUAAACACAUUUAAAGAGUGCUUGAUAGUAAUAGAGGCCCAGUCAUCUCUAUCUAAAUAAACUUUGGGGUUAUUUGUUAUUAAACCCACCCUUGUGCUUUUACUUACUGUUACAAACAGAAAUCCACACUGGCACUAUUACAUUCUGUAUAGCUUUGGUAGACAAAGGGACCUAUUUUAAUAAAUUACAUAGUGAAGGGUUCUCCAAAGGGGUUUCUAAAUUUUUCAGAUGAAACCAGUAUGUAUAGAAUCUAGUGUCACCAUUGUCACCACUUGGUUCUGUGCAGCUUUGAAACAGCUAGAAUAACAAGAAUAAACAAAAGUUUUUUAUUUUUUUUUUUUUUUUUAUGCACUGUUCCUUUAAAAAUGUGGAGUGUUUUUAAUUACCUUGAUUUAGUGCAUACACUAUAAAUAAAUAACUAACAUUGUUGUAGACGGUGCCUUUCAGAAAUACAGAAACAUUCUUUUGUAAGAUAACAUUGUUUGCUAAACCUGCCCAUUCUUUCCUUAAGUCAGACAUUAUGGUGAAGAUAAGCUAUCUCAUGUUCUGAAUGCCAAUUUCUUACUGGCCUUAGUGAAGUAUAAGGGUUCUGUCAUUGCAAAAUGAUGAGGGGGAAGAAGAAAUUUGGUUCUUCACAAUAAAAGGGGACAUUAAUACUGCACAAUCUAUAGAAAAAGAGUGCUGAUGUAAGUAGAAGUGUCUGCAUAUAAUGUUAUUUAUUGCUACUGUUUUUUGUUUGUUUUUUUGGUAGAAAUGUAAUAUUCAUGACUGUAGAUGUAACCUCUUGGAUCUUUUGUGUAAUGUAUUUUAUUGAGAGGUUUUUCAUUUUAAAAAGUAACCUGCCUUUCCCAGUGUUUAUAUAAUAAAUUACGUGCACAUGGCUUUGUAAAGACUUCCUGCGAAACAGAAAUGUGAGGUAUUUCGAAUGGUGUGCUAUAUUGACAAUACACAUGUGUAAAAAUGUAUCUUGCAUCUGAAUCUCAGUUCUAGGAGUGGCUACAGUAUUCAUCAUUCUUGAAGUAAGGUUUUCAUUCAGAACACACCCUUCUGUGUUCCGUUUUUGAGAACACCUUGGCUGCAUUAAAGAAGUCGUCC